GAUAUAUACGGAAAGUAUCGAACGAGUGUGGUUUGAUGCAGGGUCUGUAAUGUCUACAGUCAUAACCCUACCCAAAGGGCGUGAGCUGACACCAGGACUCAGCUACAGUGUAUUUGUGCGGGCAUGGUAUGACGAGAACACAUACAACAUCUACAAAUCCGACGGCAUCCUCAUUGAUAUUACAGCACCAAGAACAACUUCACUGCAAGGAGUAGCGAUGAAAGAGCACAUGGAAUCUGGAGACAGGAAAGAUAUCGACUACCAGCAUCACGUAGAUAGGAUAUACCUGAGCUGGAGGAACGUACUGGACACACAGUCAAGACUCCUAACAUACACGGCUUACACAAGUACUUCACCCGGCGGUUUCAGCAUACAUGCGUCGUCUGACAUGACUGCCACAAACUGCACAGUGUCUGGGUUGUCUCUGGAAUCGGGAACCACAUACUACUCCAAUGUACUUGCAUAUAACAAAGCCGGAUUGGUUGCUUGGACAUUCUCAGAUGGGGUGCAGAUCGAUGUCACGGCACCAGUAGCAGGGACUGUAGAAGAUGGAGACGGGUCCGGUGAUGUUGACUACCAGUCCUCCCAGACACGGGUAUCUGCAUCCUGGUUUGGGUUUGCUGACAAGGAUUCCACAAUCAGCAAGUAUUUCUGGUGUGUUGGUUCAACCAAUGAUACAUCUGGAUGUACCAUCGUGGAUUGGCAGGAUGUGGGCCUGCAUACAUCAGCAAGAGCACGCCUGGAGUCACCACUUGUUGAUGGAAUACACAUAUGGGCGAAGGUUUAUGCUGUAGACGUUGUUGGCCACACAACUACAGUGGUUGUAUCAGAUGGGGUCAUCAUUGAUUCGUCGCCACCUGAAGUUAAGGACAUUGCCUAUCUAGGGGAAAAUCUGGUGUCCAAUCCCUCCUUUGAAGAAAGCAUUAGCCAUUCCACUGACUGUCAUCCUGAACUACCUUCAUGGAAGGCUGGGAGGCACUCCUGCAUCAGGCUACUGACACCUGGUGUUCACCAUGCCACACACGGGAAGACAGUAGUUUCUGUACGAGGCAGCAUACAGCAGCAUGUCAUGAACCUUGGCGUUGGCAGAAGAUAUAAAGCCACCAUCCAUGUUGGGUAUCCUUUGGACAUUACUGUCAACCAGAAAGUAGUAGAAGGUUUCAUAUCGUUUGGGAAUGACAUCUUUACCUUCAGCCUCGAUCCCCACCUAUGUGUAGACUCGUGUUAUGGUACAGAUGGACGGGUCAUCCUGUGGAGCCAGUAUAGCUUCAGUUUCCUGGCAAAGAACGCCACAACACCGCUGAAAAUUGGGACGUCCUCCAACAGCAUGGAAAUGGCCCUGGAUCACGUGUUGUUGCAAAGAGUGGAUCAUGUAGGGAAUGCAGAUACUAUGGAAACAGAAAGUAACGUCAAUCUUCAAGCUGUCUUCCGGAAGCACUGGUCAUCAGUUCACGUAUCUUGGCACUUUGAUGAUGGAGAGUCUCCAAUUGUAGAAUACACAAUGGCUGCGGGUACUGUCCUCGGAGGAACUCAGGUGCAGGGCUUUAAGAGUGUUGGCCGACACGCACAUGGAACUCUGUCAGGUCUGAGACUGUCCCACAAACAGAAACUGUUCCUGACCAUCACUGCCAGGAAUGCUGCUGGUCUCACAACCGUCUCCCGCCCUGACCCCAUCACUGUCGACAUGACCCCGCCGGUGUUUUCUCACAUCAAUGAUGGAGACGGGAUUGACAUUGACUACCAGGCUUUGGGCGAUGUGUACGUCAACUGGGCAGUCGAGGAUGCUGAGUCGAGUAUUCUGCGCUGUACCUGGGCAAUAGGCAGGAUACCGGGCAAAGGUGACAUCAAGAUGUUUCAGUUGGUUUCCCGAAAUCAAACAACGGCUAACUUUGACAUCACAAAUGUCAAUAUUAGCCUUCCUCUGAAGAUAUUCACAACAGUUCGUUGUAUCAACACCGUGGGUUUGAUGUCGUCAGCCGUCUCCGAUGGCGUAACUCUGACACAUGGCCAACUGAAGCCUACAAUGGCGGUCAUCUUGGAUGACAACGUCAGGUACUUCAAUCAACGUGGUCAAUGCCUUAAAAACAACACAGUUCGGAUGCACUGGGCCCGGUAUGACCUCCAGACAACUGUGAUUAAGGUAACAGAUGAGUCCGGCACAUAUCAGACCAGAGUAGACACCGACUAUGAGUUUGCCUCGUUCUGUGGGCUGCACUUCAACAACCUGGCCUCUUAUCCAGUUGCAGUAUCUCAAGACAACGUGCUUGGGACACGAGGGGAAACAACUCUUCUUAACCUUACCACCCAUGGCAAUCCUCCGACAAUAACAGGAUCUGCUGCGAUAGCUGUGUCACGGAAAGGAAAGCACAUCUCCCUAAACUGGGAUGGGCUGUUCGUCUCUCCGUGGAAGGAUCUUCAAUAUGAGCUUCACAUUGGAACAGUCGUUGGAGGAGCAGACAUCUUGGAGGAGGUUCUCAUGAAAAGAGCGGAAACAAACCUGACCGUGAUCCCCACCCAUUCCAUACCAAAAUCUCUGUUUGCAGCUGUGACCGCAAUAGACCCGUGUGGUUAUAGUGCUCACUAUCAGCAAGAAAUAGAACUUUAAACAUGUCCACACAUGGAUUGAAUUAAACACAUAUAUGUAAAGUAUACACCGGCUUUAUGAAACAUAUAUGGACCGAAGUUUUCUCUUUUUAAGGAUGCAUAAUAAUUAUUAGCAAUAUAGGUAAUAAUUAUGUAUACCCUGAGUUGUACUAAACAUUUGUAGUUCUUGAAAGGCAUUUUGAGUUGGACGAACAUGAACACGGGUCACGUUUUUAUCAACAUUCACCCGAUGGAGCAAGAAUUAGCUCUAAAACGUCGUAUAAAGAAUAAAAUAAAAAGAAGUUGUUUUCAAUAAAAACGUGUCUUGUAUUCAAAACUUUCUUACAUUGUUUACAGUCAUGUUAGAACAGUUUGGAUGUUCAUGCCAAACCAUCAUUCAGUAGUAGCCUGUUUUCGCAUUAUUGUCUUUUGGUAAAGAGUCUGAUACUGUCAUGUAGUGUUGAUUAAGACGUUCAUUGGGGGCAUGCAUUUGUUGUAUAUUAAACAGUGACCAUGAUGCAUUAUUGACUCAAAUGAAUGUUGUAUUCACUUUAGCAUUGCCGCUAACGCCACAGCUGAAACAGUAACUGUGCACUCUCUGGCCAUAUCCUUUACUGUUGUGUAUAUCAAUUCUUCUUCAAAAGAAUAAUAUCCUCGAGUUUAGUUAGAAAUUAUCACAAUUAUUUCGGGAAACUAUUCGCCAUAUUAGUAGCUUGAGAAAUCACGCUUCACCACUUACUGACGUUACGAAAAAACGUAUAUCAAACAAAAGAAGUUUAUAUGACCAUACGCUAUAAUCAAUCAGGUCAUUUGUAUUGUCUUCUGUAAUUAAACUGUUUUCGAUUUA